GGUCCGUUUAACUUGCAGGAUGUCACUAUCAAGAGUAUUUCAAACCUAAAGGAAGUGCCUGUGCCAACUUUAGAAGUGCAGGUAAAUGGCCCAUGUCUAUCAUCUUUAUCUUUUAAGUGUUGGGUUAGGAUUCCCAUCCGGAGCUGGAUAUUUUUUCCCUUCUCCUAACGCUCGUGUCCUCGUUACAUUUCUCUUUAUCACGUUGAAUACAUUAUCUUCCUAACGGUCUAACUUGUUUCUUCAUCAGGUCGACCCAUUAUGUCGAUACGAUGACCUUGUUCAUGUGGUCAGAUUUGACUCCAAGUUCUGCCUCGCUGGAGGAGUGAAUCUUCCCAAGAUCAUCUUUUGCAUUGGAUCUGACGGAGUCAAACGACGGCAGCUGGUCAAGGUGCGUUUGUUGCUCACAAAAUAGUGUGUUUUGGUAAUCACUCUGGGUCAUCACAACAUUAGAAGGUAACAGUUCAAAAACCACCCAGUUUUUCGAAAAUGUAAACAGGCGGCGCCUUGCCCGUAAAAAAGUGAGGAUUUGCUUUCUGUGUUUAAAUAAAUACCACCACGUAAUGGGACGUGACUUCAAGUGGGAGGAAGUUGUAAAUAGUGGGUAAAAAGCCACUUUAGAUUCAAAAGUUCUUUUGGACGUCCGAUACUUUUAUUGGUUUACGCCCAGUUCAGACGCCAAACUUUUCGUGAGCCGUUCUUUUCGCCUAACCCGGCCGGGAACUUCUCCUUUGGAGUGGCUUUCAUUCAUACGCCGAACGUUUUAUGUACCGAACCUAAUGCAUAAAUUAUUAUAACGUUUUUUGUAAGCAGUUUGACCGAAAUGAGCAUUUUUCUCCUUUUGAAUUUAGUUCGACUGGGAUUAAGAUCGGCGUCUGAAUCAAUUCAGCCGGUCUAAAUAAUUUGGGUCGGCCUUAAUUCGAAUUAGGUUCGGCUCAUGAAAAGUUCGGCGUCUGAGCCGGGCCUUAUUAAUGUAGAUGAAUGUUUCGUUUACUCACUGAAGGUUAAGGUACGCAAGAACUCUUUUGGGCAACGUAACAAAUCUAGAACACUGGAGCAUUUUUGACCCGGUGGGUGUUUUUGUUAUCUGUUUAGGGAAGAGACGAUUUGCGCCAAGACGCUGUUAUGGAGCAGGUGUUUGGAAUGGUAAACCAGCUGCUCAUUAAAAACUCUGAAACAAGAAAAAGGAAACUAAAGAUGAGAACGUACAAGGUAUUAUCGUUGUAAAAAAAAAUCCUACACUGUUGAUCGUGUUGUCUUGUUUUGAUAAAGUUUUUCAUUUUCAGAGGAAGAGAAAUUUUAGUGUAAAGAAUAGACAAAAUCAUGAUCCGUUUCCUGUGUUCCUCAAGUAUAUGAUGAGGUGCGUUUAUUUUAAUGGAAGAAGUUGUGAUCACUUUUUCACAAGUUUUGUUAACCGUUAAUAAUAUGCGAAAGCAUCAGGUUGACAGUAUACCUGUCAUGUUUGUUCGGAUAAAAUCCGUACGUUAUUCGAGAACUAUUAAGGAACGAAAACAAACUCUGUCGUGCGACAAAUGCUAAACAAUGCUUUCAUGUCGUUGUUUCCUUGACGCUUAAUUUCUCGCUAACUUGCUUAAAAUUAGGUUUGGCGUGCUCAUUGUAUUUUUGAAAAGUUCAGAACACUUUUGAAAUUUCUAUUCAAGGUCCGUGAAAUUUAUUUGAAUGUUUUUUUUCUCUACCUUUUGCCAGAAAAUUUAUAGACGUAUUCAUGCCACUGGAUAAAUUAGAAUGUGGUAUAAAGUCAAUGAUGGAGGAACAGAUCACAUUCUGGAUCAUACCCUAGAAAACUCUAAGUAUUUCAUUCUCUCUUAGCGGAACCUAAGUACCCAAGUCACAAGUACUGCUUUAUCUCACUUCCGCCUCUCCUCUCUUUGUCUUGUAUUGCACCAGGUCAUACCUUUAUCACAGCGCAGUGGAAUAGUUGAGUGGUGUGAGGAUACUAUGCCCUUGGGCGAGUAUCUUAUCGGACGGCCUGGUACCAAGACAGGCGCUCAUUCGCGUUACUAUCCAGGAGACUGGACAUCACUUGACUGCCGAAAGAAGGUCAAGGUAAUGUGGACAAACGUUGGAUUUUAGUUUUGCUGCUUGCUUAAAAGGGUUGCACAGUGAGCAAUAUUAUACGGCAAGUUUGCUAUUUUGAGUGGCAUAUCCAAUCGCCUGUAGACGCAAAUAACCCUUCGCCUUAACGUUUGUUCAUAAUUUUUAUAGGCCAUUCCCUUCUUUUUCUCCUUUUAGCAUCAUCCGACCAACCCGAUAAUAUAGAGUGUUUUUCACAUGACGUCACGGCGGCCAUAUUGGUGUCCCAAAACAAUGAAACGGUGGCCAUGUUGGUGUCCCAAACCAAUCCUCUGGGAGUUGCACUAUUUUCUUAUGCAAACACUUUCUAUUCUUCCAAUAAAUUUGCAUAGAUGCUGGCCACGUGAGUGAAAAACACUCUAUAGCAACGUAGUGAAACCUUUUCUUUCAUUUUUGAAAAAUAAGCAUUGUAACAGCCUUUGGUGGCAUAAACUUUUCGGCGGUGCAUCCCUUUUUCCAUGUCGUUUUACGUUUACUAUGGCAUCGACCAUCACCCUCAUUUUCCACUGUAAUGAUUUUGGUGAUCAUGUCUUGUUGGUUCCAGGCUCCACAGCAGUGAUGCUGGGCUAAUAGUCCUCCUGUUUCCAUAAUUCUUGUUUUAUUUUUUCAUUUUUAUUCGACCGACCGACCGACCGGAAAUCACGAAACGCAUUCGAAGCUAAAAGGAAAAAGAAGGAUGGCCAUAGUGAUAAAUAGUUGAAAACUUAUCGCCUCUGAAAAUACAUAUUCCGGCUAUCAUGGGUAAUUUAUUGUAACAUGAAAGUGCUUUUUAUCACCAGGUGGGUGACGAUGCUGGAAGGCCAAGAUAUGAAGUCUACCAAGUAUGUUACCAUGUUUGUUCUUUGAAGCGCCUUCUUGAGAGUAUUUAUGUUGUGAGAUGUUCACUGCGUUAUCUUCUGUUUAUGAGGUUCUGUUAUCGAGAUGGACUAUUCGUGAUAAUAUAAACAGCGAGAUAAGAAACAUUUAGGAUUUAGAGAAAGGUGUCACUUUGUGAUUUGUUCAUCAACCAAUGAGACUGGCAUAGAGAAAGAAAAAAGUCAAUCGUCUGUCUAGCGUUCGUUUGUAUUGUUCUGUCAGCCUUUUUUCUCUCAGUUGUUGACAAAACUGGCCCUUCCAGAUAGUCAGUCCUACAAACACUUUCCCCUCUUCUCGGAGUUAUUAUUUAAUACUCGGGUAUGUUAGAAGAAAGUAGUAAUUGGCAUUACGUAUACAAGUAGAUCCUAAGACCUGGUCCUGCCGCUGUUUCUAAUAUUGUUAAAACAUUUAUUUCAUCGUUGCUUUAGCUUGUUCACCAUUUCUCCAAAAAUCUGGAAAUUGUGGUUGGAUCGGCAAUAGCAAGACUGAUUUGAUCUCCGGAACAAAAGAACGACCUGCGGUUCCAGUGCGUUCUACUUAUGGUCAUAGGAAUAGAACAGUUACAGUCCAGUUCAUUUGAAGUUUAAACGUUUGCUGCAAUUUUGACGAGCUCCUCCUCAUUUUCAGCGUGUUAACGCGCACCCUCUUUUCGGUAACCAUCUCGCAAAAGAAAACACCGCGACAAAGGUCUUUUACCCGUUCCUUAGGCCUCGUAGGUGUUUUUUUCUUGGGGGAAAAUGGCCCUAAAGAUGUACUGUAACUCGUUGUUUGUUAAUCUGAUAUUCGCACUCUUUGUUUUUUCUUGCACAGGAGCUAAUGGAACAUUUCCACCCAGUAUUCCGUCACUUCUUUCUGGAGAGGUUUCCGGAUCCUGCAGUGUGGUUCGAGAGAAGGCUAACUUACACCAGAGGAGUUGCCACCUCAUCCAUAGGUACUGUUGUCAUCUGACUACAAUUGUGGUCAAACCUCUUUGGGCACUAACGCAGUAGCUCGUCAAAAUGACACAUUUUCUCUACCCAGUGUGAAUGCAUUAAAGUCAAUGCAUUCAGUCAGCGUUGCUUGGGAGAGACGGGGGCAGCAGAGAGAGUUUCUUUCCAAGCGUUUUUUUUGGAGGGGUAGAACACGAGUUAAUUUAGCAAGGCGAGUCUUCUCGCCAAAUUCCCCCAAGUCUCCCAAGAUGUUUUGUCCAGAGCUUUACAUCUCGCCAGCUGCUAUCUUUUUAAAAAGCUAAAAUGUGUCUUCGCAGUAAUUAAAUUCCAGAAAUAAUGUCCCAGAAGUGUUAUUUAACACUAUAUUUAGGAACUAAAACUGUUAUAUGCUGUCAUGAGAAGAAUAGAUACGGAAUGAAAAAUAAGCCAACUGGGUAAAGGCACUAAGCAAGUGUAAGUUAAACACAGAAUAGACCUAAAACUUCAAUAUCAUAGUAACGAAGCGCAUCAACCCUUAGCCACAAACGUAAACAAAUUGUUGAACCAAGUAAACGUAACUGGCUCUCAUCGCGAGAAAAUACCCAAAUCAGGAUUGAUUUAAGUCUCACUACUUAUCCUUUUUCCCCUGUCACAUCUAGUUGGUUACGUUGUUGGUUUGGGAGACCGUCAUGUGCAGAAUAUUCUUGUGGACUGUAAUACAGCCGAACUAGUCCACAUUGACUUGGGUAAGAGCGGGAAUUUUUAUUCUAUGUCGACCAGAAAGAGUUUCGUGCAACUCUUGUGAUUGCUUCCCCUCGAACUGGAUUGUGAAACGACUCAUCAAUUAGAAAUCAGUAAUGACUCCGAUUCUUUGAUUUAAGACAGGAUUUUUGCUGUAGUUUCAAAUUAUUUGCCCAACAUGUUCAGUGAUUUUGUUACCCUUUGUUGCCUGUGUCCCUGACGCAUUAAAAUCCCCAAAGACGCAAAAUAAUUCAUGACGUGCGUCCCGUAGGACGCAUUUAACCGCCGCCUGGUAAGCUCAGUUGGGAGAGCGCCGGUCUGCCGAACGGGAGGUCGCGGGUUCAAACCCCGGCCGGACCAACACUCAGGGUUUAAAAUAACUGAGAAGAAAGUGCUGCCUUUGUAAUGACAUCUGCAAAUGGUUAGACUUUCUAGUCUUCUCGGAUAAGGACGAAAACCCGUAGGUCCCGUCUCACAGCACUUGAACUGAUUUGUUCUUGUGGGACGUAAAAGAACCUACACCACUACCGUAUUUAUUCGAAAAAGCGCCCAACCUCGAAUUAGCGCCCACCUCGAAUAAGCGCCCAGAAAAAUUUAAUAAGCGCCCACCCCUACCCCGCCUCCUUCCCCCUCAAACUCAAACUCAAAUAAGGGCCCACCCCACCCCACCCCCUUUCUGGUCCCUCCCAUCCAAAAAACAUUAAAUAAGUACUAAUAAGAGACUUGCCCAAAGACGGAGUUUUCUUCAGAGUUUUUUACGGAAACCUUGCUAUGUUACAUCUUUGCGUUUUGUUAUUACCAUUUAUCAUAUUGUUGCAAAAUAAACAUACUACAAUUCCUGAAAAUGGUGAAAAUUUAAUCAGCGCCCGACUCGAAUAAACGCCCACUCUCAAGGUCCAAAAAUUUAAUAAGCGCCCAGGGCGGUUAAUCGAAUGAAUACGGUAUUCGAAAAGAGUAGGGGGCGUUGACCCCGGUGGUCUGGCCAACCUUUACGGGCUGUGGGAUUGGGUAGGGAUGGCACUUCGCAUGGGACCUGAGUCCCGUUCGUGCACCUUCCUCCUGGGCAACCCUGUGUCCAGAAAAGUUGGUAAACCUAAAAAGAUCGAUUGAUCGAUCUGAACAUGUUUAUUUGUAGCAAUAUCAAAUUCGUGUAAUUUGUGUGGCAGUUAUUAUACAGCUGUUGUUUAACGAUGCGUAUUUCUUUCAGCCUUUAUUGUGCUUUAAAAAAGAAGGACUACCGUAAAAUUCCGAAAAUAAGCCCCUCCAAAUAUAAUCCCCCCAAUCUCGUAAGGCAAAAAACCCCUCCGUUAAAUAGCCCCUCCAAAUAUAAGCCCCCUGGUGCUUGUACUUGGAAAUUGCCCUCAAAUAUAAAGUAAAACAAAGCCAAAAUGGCAAAUUUCCUUCCAACUAUAAGGGUAGCCCAAUCGAUUUUGAAACGCAAAUUUCCCUCCAUGGAUAAGCCCCUUUGAAUAUAAGCCCCUCAAAAAGGGCCUUUGAAAAAUAUAAGCCCCGGGGCUUAUUUUCGGAAUUUUACGGUGUAUUUUCAGUUCAUUCUACUGUCAGUAAUACAGCGUUUUGGAGUUUGUCUUCAGAUUAACUGUCUGGUUACAUAUGCAGCCUCAAGCAUUUUCAAUUCGGACUCACCUUUUUUUAUGUGGGAAUCAAUUGUUAGGGACUGGGGACUCAUGAUUUCUCACUGAGUCCCAGGACUCACCGUAACUGUCUCUAACAAAAUCACUGCAUGUUUAGUAGUUUCUUCUGUUUAUGAUCAAUAAGCAAUAACUGCAGACGUCCGCGUGAGACUGUUAACAUCCGCAUUUACUUGGUUUGAUUUGCAAUCAGAUGUUUCUUCUGUCUGACACGCGCAAAACUAAUCGUGUUUGCCUGUCAAUAAUCAUAGGGGUGGCGUUUGAGCAAGGUAAAUUUCUCCCCACCCCUGAGACGGUACCAUUUCGUUUGACACGUGACUUGGUGGACGGCAUGGGACUGACAGGAGUGGAAGGAGUGUUCAGACGAUGCUGCGAGAAAACAAUGCAGGUCGUGAGAACAUCACAGGAAUCACUCAUGACUAUUGUGGAGGUACGCGCUUUUUUAUUUUUGUUUUCUUUUUUAUAGUGUCGUACAACCAAAUUCAAAGUAUUUAUCAUCCCCGUUACAAUAGAAACAGACGAGUCAAUGAACCAUAUGAAGAAAAAAAAAUCGAUCGACUUGAUUUGGAGGGUAAGGGGUUAGUCAAACUGUCUGCAAUAAUACGUUACGGCUCAGUGAUUUAAAGUCACAGGCGAGUUUGAGCUUAUUCCUUCGACACCAUGAAUUAAGCAAUGAAUACUUUUUUCAGUUUCUAUUCAACCAAUUGAAAGCCAUGACAGACACCCAAAAAGAGCAUUUGGCCUUAAUGAGAUUCCCCCGCAUUUUUUUCAUGAGAUAAAGACAAAAGGCUAUUUCAGUAUGACGUCAUCAGCGUUAAUGUAAGAUAAUGAUAUUUUAUUCAGCUGAUAAAAACAAAUGGCUACGACGUCAUUGGCGUAACAGUGCCACUACUUAGACAAAGUUGAAUAAUCGUACUACAAGAAAUUAAGAAUACAUCCCAAGAAAGUUGGUUGUCGGCCAAUCAGCAGCUCGUUAAAAAAAAUAAUUAGUUACUCGAAACACAACAUUUAAUAUUGAUAGCAAACGUUUCUAGGGAAAGCAAAAUGUUUCACCAGACAGCGUUUUUCUAUUCGAUACUUUGUAUACAAUACCCAGGAGACAUUUCGUUGACACAAGCUAUUCCUUUGUCAUCUACCAGCAAUUUCUUCGCUCCCAUUGCCGCGCUUUGCAGUAACAUGAGACCGCCAGUCAAAAAUAUAACUACCGUUUACGUUUUUCGCCUCAGUCACUCACUAUAGCGGACCUCUCUGGAAACACGUGCUUUCUUCAGCGGGUCCAAAAGGUCAGGUCUGUAGGUUUUAAUUGGUCGUGAUGAUUAACAACUAACUUUCUCGAGAUGUAUUAUUUUCCUGUAAUCCGAUUGGUCAACUCUGUCCAGCUGGCCCCGGUAAUAGUAGUCGCACUGUAAUGUAUUUCUGCGCACGUUAAUGAGAUUCCUGUACAAAAAAAGGAUCAUUCGGUGCCUACAAUACUACUAACGCAAAUGCUUUGUAUCACUUGCGUCAGUUUGAGUGUUCGUUGUUUGUGGCGAAUCUCCUCUUGCUAUAUCAAUGCUUUAUUAAUAAGAGUAGUCACGAAAAUUAAAGAUAAAUCGAUACCGUAACAACUUCUUCCCUUUAUAUCUAUAGGACAUGUACAGGAGCAACAAAUGAGAAUUCAAUUUUUUAAAAAAAUAAGCGUACAUCGUGGUUUAGCGACCUAAGGACGAGCCGUUUAUCUGACGCAGUUUUCUCCCAAAAUUAACGACAGUCCCCAAUAUCAAAUUCAAAAGAAGGCUAACUUUUAUUUUUUGUUUUCAGGUUUUGCUCUAUGAUCCUUUGUCAUCGUGGACACUGAGUCCAGAGAGAAGGAAAGCCCUUCAGAAAGCAGAAGAUCUGUACGAUGUUCCUCCUUCUAGCGCUGUUGGAGAUUGUCUUGACGGUUCCGUCAUGGCAUCAGAUAAUGUGGCACCUGAAGAUAACGUCAACAAAAUGGCGAAGAGGGUGCUUUUAAGACUGAAACAGAAAUUGGAUGGAAUUGAAGAUGGGGUUCACUUAAGCGUAUCAGGACAGGUUAAUCAUCUUAUAAGAGAAGCUAUGGAUCCAAAGAAUCUGUGUCGAUUAUUUCCUGGAUGGCAGCCUUGGGUGUGA